AUUUUGGUCCACUCACCAGCGCUUGCACUUACCGUAUCGAUUCCUAGCCAGCCAGCGUCGGCUCCCAUCGCCCAACGCUUCUUGCGGAGGGAAGCCUGGAGCCAGCGAAAAAUAGCAGCAGCCAUGUCCAUGGGUGAGCUUGGAUCCGCCGUGGAGGCCACCGCGCCCUACGUGGUGAUGACCUUGAGGCAGCUUGCUCUAGCCGUGCUCUUGGUCAUCCUCCAGUCCGUCCUCGACCCCUCCCUCGGUGUCAGUGCCGUCGUCAUUGUCGUCUACGAGCAGCUCGUCUCCAUCCUCAUCCUCUGCUCUCUCGCCCUCCUCUUCGACCGAGGCAGACGCCCCAAGCCCUCCUUUCAAAUCCUCUCCUGGGCCUUCUUCAUCGGCUUCUUACAGAUCCCGGUGGGGGAGCUGAUGUUCACGGCGAGCCUCCGUUACAUAACGGCGACGUUCCAGAGCGUGGCGAUGAACCUGAUCCCGGCGGUGGUCUUCGUCCUGGCGGUGGCGUGUCGGCAGGAACGCUUCUCCGGCAGCGCGCGCAGCCUGGCCAAGCUCUGUGGGGUCCUCGUCUCCACCGCGGGCGCCAUCCUGGUUGUCUUCUCGCUCUCGUCCAGCCAGGAUGACGACCCCUCGGCCGGCAGCGGCGAUGGCCGGUUCAUCGGCUCGCUGAUGGUGGGGUUCGCAAUUCUUGGCGUCGCGACCGCGAAUCUUUUCGUGGAAAGGGUGGCGGCGAAGUAUCCAGCAGAUCUUACAUUGGCAGCUAUGAUGAACCUCUUCGGGACCUUCCAGACACUGAUGGUGGCAGCUGUCGUGGAGAGAAACCCUUCAUCAUGGAGGAUUAAGUGGGAUGGAAGCCUGCAGCUCCUUGCAAUCCUUUAUGGGGGAACGGUGGUAACAGGACUAUCAUACUUGGCUUUGAAUUGGUGCAUUCACAAGAAAGGCCCUGUUUUUGCGACAGCUUUCUCUCCUCUGCUCGUCAUCUUCUCAUUUCUUAUUCAGACACUUGUCCUGGGAGUUGCAGCCAAGCAUGAAAGCAUUAUUGGAGCAGUAUUGGUUGUUGGUGGUCUCUAUCUUCUCCUGUGGGCAAAAUCUAAAGAUUAUCAAAUCCAAAAGAUGGAUGUGGGAGGCCAGACUCAUCUAAUUGAAGAUUCAAUUGCAGAACCGAUGCUGCUGAACAAAGCUUGACAACGAUGAUGGGUGUUUGGAGGUCCCUGUGGAUCUUCAAAGCACGUUUGCAGGUCAUCAAAAUGUGGCUUGCUUUUCUAGAUGUAUAACAUUAUUGUUAUCGAGAAUCCUGUCUAGUCCUAAUAGCAACAUGUCCGAUAUCAUGGGGAUUUGAUCAUUGUGAGCAACUAUCGAGACCACUGAUUGUUGUCUGUAUUCUAU